CUGUGUUAGCUUCAUGCUGGUCUCCCUCCAUUCUGCUACAAUCUUACAACAAUCUAACAAGAUGUCUGGUGAAGUUCUCUACUCCAGUGUCAAGUUCACUCGGAAACCAGGCGACCAAGCAGCUGCUAAACUGUGUGCAGGAAGGGAAGACGAUGUCACCUAUGCUACAGUGAAGUUUGCAGAAGCUCCAAGCUCCCAGCAGCAGCAGCAGACAGACCCCAGCCGCACAGCGGAGCGGGUUUGUAAAGCCUGUCCAGUGAACUGGGUGGAGUCCAAUGGAAAGUGCUACUACUUCUCAACUGAUACAAUGGACUGGAACUCCAGCCGGGCUAGCUGUGUGUCAAUGGGAGCAGACCUGGUGAUUAUAGAGAGCGAGGCAGAGCAGAGAUUCUUAUUGGAUAAAGCUAAAGCCUAGACUGGAUGGAAUUCCCACUGGAUAGGUCUGACUGAUGCUGUUACUGAAGGAGUCUGGCUCUGGGUGGACGACACUCCUCUCAAUGACAAGGCAAAAUUCUGGGUCACUAGGAGUGAUGGUGGUAAUGAGCCUGAUGACCAUAAGGAAGAGGACCCGUCUGGUGAAGACUGUGCACGACUAGAACCAGACUGGAAUUCCUAUGAGACCUGGUUCUAUGUCUCAUGCAAAAAACAAUAUCAAAGGAUUUGUGACAAUUUGUGGCAAUGAAAGUCUAAAAAGAGGAUGUGACAGGUUGACCGAGUGACGACGUCCCCAGAGCAGAAAGCUGACACAGACACACACAGGCAGGUACUCGGGUGAAAGCGCUGGUGCAUGCGUAUUUAUUUAAAAAUAAAAUUAAACAAAAACAACGCUCACAGAGCAAAAAUAAAUAUUUAAAACAAAACAAAUCACGAACACAUAAAAACAAAACGAUACCUAGGUCAGGCUGGGCAGUCGCCUUCACUGAUCCUGUAGUUUUAUUUUUACUUUCGUUUUCGAUUGUCUCCCUCCCCCUCCCUAUUCCCUCUCUCUCUCCCUCUCCCUCAAACACCCACCUUGAACACAGAAACAGACAGGUUCAUAUACUCAAGGUCAUCUCCGAAUCAACACCCAAUUAAUUAAUUUGAAGACGGACACAUUCUGCACGAGAGUUUUGGUUUGCGUGGCCGACAGUCAAUUUGUCAAUAAUCACUGACUGUUGACCACGCAUUCUCAUGAGCUGUCUGUCAGAGGCGAGCUGCUAACACCGCCUGUGCCAGACCACAUUCAAACCAAUAAUAAACAAAACACUCGUCUUUUUAAUAAACACAAAAUCCCUUUUGCCAGCACAUUCACCCGUGCUACAUAAACACAACCCAAUACAUGAUUUCCAGGCAGGGCUUUGCCCCGCCCCCUCUAACAAUGUUCAGGGCUUCUCCUCUGCCCUGCCACACAGGACAAUCAGGAAAAAAGGAAACUAACGUCACUGAAGCACAAAGAGAGACGAGAAAGAAUAGAAGAAACUCAGUUCAGAUAGACAAGCAUGCAGGUCAUCCCCCAACAUUACCAUAUUAACCGUUUGAUUCCACAUUAUGAAAAAGCAGAGAUAACAAUGAGCUGGUGGUUGUUUGUACUGAAUGAAGUCUGGCCGUGACAACAGAAUUGCAUUGUUUGUUCAUAAACAAAGCUGAAACAUUAAGAAUCUCACAAUAUGAAAUUGCAGCUGAGAUAUAAAACUGAUCUCAGGUAGUUUAGCAAUGUGAACAGAAAGGUCAGUGUUUAUUUAAAACCACUGCACACAUACACCCAGGGGACUCCCGAACCCUGAUCUCCUGUAAAAAAAUAAAUAAAUAAAUAAACAGUUAUCAUGUUCACCAUGCAGAGUGGGAGAGACAGAAAGACCCGAUCAGUGAAGAAAGCUCCACAUCUUGAAUGAGGACCCCAACAACAAGAUUGGGAAUCAAAGGCUUAAUGGUAAUGAUGGGGAGAUUCAACCUGAUUCCUCACAGGGAGGGGCCAGCCCUACCUAACUGAUAGAAGCACACCCCCACAAACAGUCUGAAUCAGCACACUGAUGAAGGCACCAGACUGUGCAGAGUUUAUGAUUGUGUGAAGUAAAUGAAGUCAGACAAGAAAACUAAAAGAAGAUAACUUAUGAAAUUAAGAUAUUUCACCAAGUGGAGUCUUUCUCAAAGUCAUUAUGUUUUGCUUAAUUGUAUAACCGAGUCUUUGGAGUUUUGCUCCCUCUAGUUGUUCACAAGAGGGAUGACUAGUUAGUCACACAGGAUCCAGACAUUUCGAAACUAUAUCCGAGGGCUCUGCUCUGAGCUACAAUAGAGCAACCCACUGAAACAACUACUUCAGCAGAUUAGUAUUAUCAUUUUAUAUCCCUGCACUGAUACUCAUUAUAAAAGUUCACCCUGGUAAAUGUUCCUGUGCUUUAGCAGGCUUGUGCUGGUUAGCCAUUGUUUUUACAACACUUUGUAAAAACAAUUGCUGGCUGUCUGUUUAGUUCACAAGCCAGAAAGCUUGCAUUGUUACUGAUAAAGCAGAGUGCACACACAAAAGGCCAAACUCUGGAAGAAUGUGAUAAAUAUUUAGCCAGAUUGUAGAGUCAAAUUGAACAAGAUUAUGAGAUGCAGGUUUCAGUGCAAUGUCUUACUUGUACAAUGUUCUUCAGCAGGUUGAUUAAACUAUUGCUUUGUAUAUUAUAUGAGUUUAUUAUUUUUUAUUCUAUUUGUAUUUGUAUUGAACUCUGCAGACCCCUCUGCGCUGUAUUUGGUAGUGAUUCUGGGGGGACUAUUCAAGUUUGUAUAUUAUUUGAGUUAAUUAAUAAACAUUUUUUAAUGUGAAAUAUUUUUUUAUUCUAACUAUUAACAUUGCUGAU